AUGUCGACGACGCUGGGGCGAUCGGUGGUGGCGACGACGACGCGACGCGGCGACGCGGCGCGAGCGCGGGCGAAGAAGAAACGGAGCGGCGGCGGACGGUCGGGGAACGAUGAUUACGCGCAGGAUUUCGCGCUGUAUGGGUCGUUCGAUGAGUCGUACACCGAGGGCGCGGGGUUGUUGCUCGGGAAGGGGGAGCUGCGGUCGAGCGGGACGCGCGCGAAGGGGCGGUCGGGAGCGGGAUACGACGCCGUCGCGGGCGUGCUCGACGCGCUGGCGGAGGUGAAGAGUGAGAGGAAGUCGCGGGGGGGAGGAGGGAGGCGCUACGAUGCGUAUGGGGAUGAUGACGAGGACGCGGCGGACGAGGGCGCGGCGGCGGACGGGACGGCGGCGGGCGAGGGCGAAGACUUUGACGCGGAAUCCGCGCCGAAGGCGAAGGCUCGACCGGUGCGAUCGGCGCCCGCGAUGGCGGCGCGACCGGUGCCGACGCAACCGCAAGCGCCGAGACCGAAACCGAAGGUUGUGGUGAAACCGAAGAAACCGGCGCCGGCGGCGACGAUGGAUCCGGCGCAGACCAAGGCCAAGGCGAGCCAAACUUUGAGCAAGUGGGGUUUCUCCGCGAGCGACGUGGAGACGGCGAUCGAGGCGACGAGCGCGAGCGCUGGCGACGGCGCGACGGCGAAAAAACGGCAAAUUGCCGCGCUCGAUUGGAUGUUGGCGAAUUUGCCCAUCGACGACGUGCCGGAUGAAUAUAAAUUGGAGGCGCAACAGGCUCAAUCCGCGUGA